GUAUCUGCUUAGAAGUUAUAACGAGGUAGCAACAAUGAGGCCACAUUUCGAUCGGAUGAAACGCAUUUUCAAGGGCUUGGAAUAUCCGGACACAAUUUGCAUUUCCUAUUCGCUGAAAAUGUUAACUUUCCUAGGGCAGUGGCAACAUCAGCAGCAAACCAGAAGAUAUUGGACAUAUUUACAAGCGUUGAAUUGUGCGAUGAUAUUUCACGUGUGCACCCUGAUGUGGGAUUUGUGCGUGGUUUACAAUGACAUUAUUCUUUUUGGCGAUGACAUGUGCGUAGUUUCUGGCGUCGCACUGGUUAUGUAUAAGAAAUUCUAUCACAACUACUACAGCGUUCAGUUUGAGCAAAUUUUCGAACAGUUGAAGCGUUACAGUGAGCAAAAUAAUCAACGCGAUGAAACGAUUCGAAAACUGCAACGAAAAUAUCACAUUGAGGAGUACGUGCUGAUUAUUGGGACCAUUUUCCUGGGACUUGCGACAGUUGUGAGCCUAAAUGGGCAUGCAUUGUUUGACUCUACCAUACCGCUCAGAGCUAUAUAUCCAAUAGAAUUAGAUACAGAUCAGCGAAUCAUUGCUGUUACAAUCUUUCAAUUUGUUAUGAGCAUUUUCCUAAUCGAAGGAAUUGUAUUUUUCGAUGGAAUCGGAGGACAAGUAAUGAGCCAGAUGACCCUACAUUUCCACGUACUCUGUAUUGAUUUCCAACGAAUUGGAAGUGGAUUAGUUGAUUCACCUGAAAACGACUCUCUUGAACGCAAAAGUAACAGUGACAAAAUUAAGUGUGACCUAUUUAAAUUAGUAAAGAGACAUCAAGAGCUUAUACUAUUUGGACAUCGGGCAAAUGCUCUCUACCAGCCGAUGCUUCUGGCUCAGCUCAUAUGCAGUUUGGCUAUGAUUUGCCUAACGGCUUUUGAGGCCACUCUAACAACACAUGAUCCUUUGUUGUUUUUAAAAUUCGCUAUGUUUGCCGUUUCGGUGCUUAUUCAAAUCCUUUACUGGUGCUAUUACGGAAACCGAGUUUCACACAUGUCAACUGAAAUUAAUAACGCUCUGAUCAGUUCAAACUGGAUCGUUGGAAACAAUAGUAUCAAGAAGGAUUACAAGUUUGUUAUGAUGCGCGCUCAAAAACCAUUCCGAUUCAUUGUGUACAACUAUUUCCCGAUUUCAUAUGAAACAUUCAUUUCGGUUUUGAGUCGUUCAUAUUCCUUUUUCACACUUUUCAGAACCAUAAGUGAUUGAAUGCAGAUUUAUUCUAUGUUCGAAAUGAUGUUAAAAUGAAAGUUACUUGCACAAAAUGAGUGGAUUAACAUUUGCAAUGAUUUAAAUGUUUGUUUCGUGUUCUACAACAUGUUGUAUUUACUUUCCGACAUUUUUUUGUUAGAUUUCUUUACAACAGUAUUCAAGCUGACAUUAAUAUUUUAUCUGACAAACAAAAAUUCCAAUUUAGAUCAUUUCCUAAAAAUUAUCAACUUUUUCAAACAUGAAAUAAACCACAGUAUAAAUGCAACUUACAGGAAAAAA